AUGAAGUUCUUCGCAACCGUCGGGGUUGUCCUAGCGGCCCUGGCCUCCGACGCAUUGGCCUCCGACGCCAACCCAGCGAACGGGCCAAUCUACUACGGGCGACCAAACAAUGGGGGGUAUCCGUACCCCACGCCUACACCUCAAGCGACGGCACCCAGUGAAAACACGACUACGAUGCCCGCGCCUCCCAGUGGGCCGAUCUACUAUGGCCGUCCUAACAACGGUGGAUAUCCUUACCCCACGCCCACACCUCAAGCGACGACACCCACCCCUGCAGGUGGGCCGAUCUACUACGGGCGGCUCAACAACGGUGGAUAUCCUGACGAGAAGCAGGCCUAA